AGCUGGGCUGUGAGUGUGGCAUGGGAUGAAAGAACUUGGGGGAGAGACGGGGGGCCUUUCGGCGUGCAGGCGGGGCCUCAGUCAGGGGUAUAGCUGGGGAGAGUGAGGAGGCUGCCCAGUCACAGGGCCGGGCUGAGAUUGGCCAAGGGGACUUUGAUGAUCUGUCUUUGCAGAUGUCAGUGCAGCUGCCUGUGGAAAAGACUUGUGGGUGGGGUCUCUUGCAAGUAGGACUUGUCUCCUUCCCCAGGGUCAGUUCCACCCCGGCCUCGAGGGUACGGAAGACAGAGGAGGUGGCCCUGAGACCCCACUCUGCAGAUAGGUUGACUGAGGCUGGAAGUGAAGAGAGGCCUUCGGGGAGGUCCAGUGGAAUAUUCAGCCGGCUUCCCUGAUGGGGUUGGGGAGAAUGGAUGAGGCAGGCCUUAGGGCCCUGCAGGAGCCCAAGUUUUGGUGGGGGUCGUGGGAGUGGUGGCAGUAGACAGUGCAUCUACAGGAGAAGUGGCCCUUUGGAAUGCAUGGCUCUGUGACGGCUGGGAUGGUGGCAGUGGGGGGUGUGUGUGUGUUUUGAGGUGUGUUUAGUUGUUGAGCAGCUAGUACAUUGAAAAGGGCUUUCAACAGUGAGACAGGAGACUUAAGGCCUAGUCCAGGCUCACCUUGCUCUGUGACCUUGGCAAGUAUGUUGACCUCACUGAACCUCAGUUUCCCCAUCUUUAAAGUGGGGCUCAAUAACCCUGCUCCGCCCCUUUCUCAGGGCUGUUGUGAGGACAAUGGGAAACAAUUUAAGAGGAACACAGUGUCCUGAGAAGAGGAUCCUUUGGAGAACCAGCAUGAAGGGAGCUGGGUUUGGGGGUGUUGGCUGGGCACUGAGGGUGCUGCUCAGCCUUGGGCCAGGCUUUGCUGUGAGGAUACCAAGAGGAAUCACGCCGAGACCAGUCCCCCUGGGAGCCCACACCCUGGUUCAGUGACUUGGAAACCUUUUGAACACAUGCCUCAUUUUGAUAAACAAAGAGCUGCCGCCUUUAAUGUUUAACCGAGGUCACUUUCAAGUUUACAGGGUUGUGUUUUUUUUCCUGUUUUAAGCUUCACAAAAAUAUCUUUAAAUCACUGAUAAUGCCACCCUUUUCUCCAAGUUUGGGGUGCACUUCCCUACCUCCCCCUGUCCUUGAGAUCUGGUUGGAGGGAUAAGACAUAUCUAGACGAAGGUAACUGAAAAUCCUAGCUGAAACUGAAACUGAAAAUCCUAACUGAAACUCAUCACCAUCUGUCUAGUGUCUUGUGUGGCUGGCUGGCAUGGUGCUAGGUGCUGGGGUUGAAAGAAGGCAGCUCUGUCCUUAGGGUGCUGGGAGUCGGGGGACAGAGGUGGCAUGACUGACCCUCGUGCAGUAUGAUGAGUGAGAGCCACAUGGUUGUGUCACACGGUGUUUAAGCCUGGGGUGGAAAGGUCAGGGAAGGCUUCUAGGAGAAGGUGCCCUUGGGAAGGGACUGGAAGGAGUGUAGGCCGUGCUUAAAAGGCAGUGGAGGAAGAACACCACCAAUUCCCAGCAGGGGAACUUGAGCUUGAACAAAACGGGGCGAAAGGUGGAGGUUGUGGGAGGGACUGGUGAUUGCAGCUGGAAGUGCCCAUGACCGAGCUGGCGUCCUCCGGGGGCGGGUCCCCUGCGGGGGACGGGGAGGAGGGUCUGGGGGACGAGCGAGGCCUGGUCAUCCACCACCCUGCAGAGGAGCAGCCCUACCGCUGCCCGCUGUGCGGCCAGACCUUCUCGCAGCAGCCCAGCCUGGUGCGGCACCAGAAGGCGCACGCCGGAGCGGGCCGCGCGGCUGCCUUCGUGUGUGCCGAGUGCGGCAAGGCCUUCAGCGUCAAGCACAACCUCGAGGUGCACCAGCGCACGCACACCGGGGAGCGGCCCUUCCCCUGCCCCGAGUGCGGCCGCUGCUUCAGCCUCAAGCAGAACCUGCUCACGCACCAGCGCAUCCACAGCGGCGAGAAGCCGCACCAGUGCGCGCAGUGCGGCCGCUGCUUCCGCGAGCCGCGCUUCCUGCUCAACCACCAGCGCACCCACGCGCGCAUGCCCGCGCCGCACCCGCGCCGCCCCGGCGUCUUCGGGGAGCGGCGGCCCUACUUCUGCCCCCGCUGCGGCAAGAGCUUCGCGCGCGAGGGCUCGCUCAAGACCCAUCAGCGCAGCCACGGCCACGGGCCCGAGGGCCAGGCGGCCCACUUAGGACGCGUGCUAUGAUGCGCCCGGGGCCUGCUGCCGACGGCUGCUUCCCGCCCCGCACGUGCGUCCCCGACCCCUGGAGAUGGCCCUGGGCCGCAGCUCCCUCUCUAGAUGGGAUCCCGGGAGAGGGGCAGCGCUGGCUUGGGCUCUUGAAGGUGUGGGCCGCCGCCAGGCUCCGGCCGCCCGCUCGCGUUCCUCCCUCGGGACCCUCUGGCUGGCUGCGCACAGCUGCUUCCGGCUCCUGCCAUGGUUCUCCUUCUCUGGCCCAUCCGGCCUAGAGCAGAAUGUCAGAGUUGAAAGAGACUUGGAGAGGCCACUUUCCACGAUCCCCACGCCCAACCUCAGCCCCCAGGCCUCCUGGCUCCUGUACACACUCUCUGCUGUCCUUGAGAUGUCAUUUCACUUCAUGUUUCAGUUUGCUCAUCUGUAAGUUGGGGAUAUAGAUGAGGGACUCUUCCUCGCUGGGACAUAUUGCAGCUACUGGAUGAGAGAGGGUGAGGUCACUGGUGCACAGAGCCUUAGUUGAUUCUGCCACACCAUGUGCCACUGACUGUGCCGGGCUGGGCUCUCCCAGAGACACACAUGAGGACCGCAGGCCCUGUCACGGGGUGCUCACACUCGGUGUGUGACGCGGGGCCAACCUACAAAGUGCUCUGGGGUGAGACCGAGGAGGGUGACUGGUUUCUCUUCGUCACCCAGGGGAGUUUGAUGGCUUUGAACCAGGUCAUGGGGACAAAUAAAAUUGUUCUAGGAAGAGCAAGUGUGUAGAAGGGUGUUUUCAAGAGGGGGGGGUGGUCCUGAUAGUUCAGUGACUGUCUCCAGGUGUCCCAAGGGGAGGUUUGCCCUACAAAGGACUUCGUGGUCAGGGGGUGGGGACACUGAGAUUUUUAAUGAGAUGAGUGCUAUGAUCUCAGACUUAUGCUUUAGGAGGAGAAUCAGAGGCACUGUGAGGACAGACUGAUGUGGGAAGAGCUGGAGCCUCGAGGGGCUUGGGUCAUCUGGGCAAGAGAACAUAAGGCCCCCAGCUAAGAGGCCUGGCCAAGGUCUGGCAGUGAGAAAGGGGGCAGCCAGGACUCUGCUCCAGGACCUCUGGUUCCAAGCUGGCGCUCUGAGGCACGGGCCUCUUCAGCCUUUUGGCAGAUGAGGAAACAGUUGCAGAGUGGGCAGGAUCUUACGACCCGAUAAGUGCAGAACCCAUCUGGACACGGAAACCAGGAAUGGGGUUCCAUGGAGGCCUGGCUGGCACUGCACCCGGGCAUGAGGACACAUCCAGUAAGAAGACCUGCCUCAAGAGGUGCACUGCGGUGACCAGUGGAGGUGACUGGUUGGAGCCUGGAAUUGGAAGCAGAUUCCAAGCUCUGGUGGACAAACUCUCCAGGCCUGGUGGGAAUCACAGCUGGGGCAGACCUCAUCCUGGCUGCCUGGCCACAGGCCCCCACUCUCUGCCACUGGUGGUAGGAUGAUGCCUGUGUGGAGAGCUGGCUUCUCUGCUCCCGCCUGGUCCACCACUUGGCUAGAGUUCAGAGACAGGAAGUGAUUGGUCUAAGCUAACACAGCAAGUUGGUGGCAGACCUAGUUCUAGAGGCAAAACCUUCUUCCAGAUGUGAAUGAAACCUACAGGCUUCAUUUUCCUUUCUGAGCAGUGCUUCUUAGCUCUUUGGAGACACGAAGCCCUUGGAAAAUCUGAUGAAGGCUACGGACCUUCCCUAGGAAAACAGAUAACUGGCGUAGACUCAAAAACCCCAAGCAAUUUCAGGAGCCACUGGACUCCCUGAAUGAAACCCAUCCCUGGACUCCAGGCUAAGAACCUCAGCCCUGGGGACUUCACCUGCUGCCCUUUCCUUACCUGUCACACAUUGAGCCCCAAGUCAAGGCCACUGUACAAGUAGUGCCCCUCCCUCCCCCUGGCCAAGCCUCCUUCCCUUGUUCAGGAAUAAAGAAUUCCGAGGAGACCUUUUUAGUCAUUCCCUUCUCCCAGACCUAACGAAUGAUGCCUCAGGUUUCUGGAGCCUCAUUUCCCUUCCCCAGACAUUGGCAGAGGUCCCUUGGGCUAGAUUUUCUCUUCUGGUUUUGUUUCUUCUUCUGCCUGACUGGCCGCUGGCUUCCACAAAGGAGCCCUUUGCUCCUGGCCUGGGCUCUGAUUUCACUGUGUGGUCUCAGGGGAAGCUGGACUGCUGUGGACGCUGGUGGGAACUUGAGUCUGGUCUGAGUCUGCCCCAGGGAGAAAGAAUCCUGCUUCCACCAACCAAGCCCAGUCAGCGGUACCUCCCAACUGGCCAAGUGUUCAGCCCAGUGGGCUGGGGAGGAAGAGGAUGAGGGCCUUGCUCGUGGUGCCUGUGGCUCUGGGCAGGGUAAGAGGUCAGUGGAGGAGCUUUCUGUGUGUUCUCUGAGUAUGCAGCAGUGCAGUUGAAGGGAACAGGGCCCAGGCAGGCAGCAGGGUGAGGACUCCUCCCAUCUUCACACCUGAACCAGUCAGCCUGGAAGCUACAAGUUCUCACUUCCCCAGAAUGAACAUCAGAAAAGGCAAAACUGACCAGGGCUGGGAUGGGUUUGGGUCAGCGUGGUUGGAGGGCAGCCUGUGGAUCCCUGCACUGGAGUCUUGCUGUCUUCGAUGCAGGUUGGAUCAUACAUUCUUACCUCCUACUGUAUGCCUCACCCUGGAAUAGCAGAAUGCUCAGGGGGAGAUCCGAGAAUGAGAAGGUGCUCCCAGCCCGAGGAGCUUCCAAUCUGGCUCUGAUCCUUGGCCGACCUAGAGGAAACCUCCACACACGCCCCUUCUGUGCUAAUGGUGCAGUUUGUGUCCCCCUCUGCCCAUCACUGUGCUGUGCUUGUUCCUGCCUCUGUGCCUUCCCCUAUACUGCUCGGACAUGUCCCCUUUCCUCUCCUCUACCCAGCUAAGCCCUUCUGAUCCAUGGGGCCUGGCUUCCCAAACCACCCAGCCCACAUUCCUCCUUCCCGCUCCGAACAGGCCCUGUGUGAGCCCCUGCCCCCGAACUGCGUGCUGUCCCAUGGACACUCCAGUCUCUUCUGUGUGUGUCUUGAGUCCCUAACUAGACAGUUAGCUCCCUGAGGGCAAGGGACUGUCAUUUCCUCUUGAGUCCUACCAGGGUCUAGCACAGGACUGGGCUCCUAACUCUCAGGAAACACUUGUCGGCUGACUGGUGCCUCAAGCGCUGGAGCUUGUCUGUGGCCGGUAAUGGGCAGUGCAUGUGGGGAGAGGGUAUGUGAGUUAACUCAAGGGUGCCUUUUAUUGGGCUGUGGGCUGGCUCCCCUGGGUCAAAAGUGGAUGUCGGAGGCCUCAGGCUCUUACCUCCUUGGGGCAGUGGGAGCAUCAGGGACCCCCACCCCCACCCCGGCUCUGCAGGAGUGCACGGAAGUGGUCGUCCAGCCUGGAUAUUUCUGCAGGUUGCUGACACCUGCGGGAGCUGACUGAGUGGAAUAAAUGUUCUCUCAACAUCA